CUAAUCCAACGGGCAUGCACAUCCCAGACAAAAUCCAACGGUCCAUUUGCAUUCUCCAUCUCAUAUAAGCUUCCACCACUUGACCUACAUAAACCCCAUCGAGAAUAGGGUUUUUCUCACUCUGCAAACAGAGUGAAAGAAAGAGAGAAAGCAAGGUUAUUGCAAUGGCGUUUCUUAGUAAAGUUGGGAAUGUACUGAGGCAGGCAGGCAGCAAGCAGAUCAAUGGUGAACUAUCUGCAUCCAGGCCAUCCCUCUAUCAAGCAAUAAGAUGCAUGUCAUCUUCAAAACUUUUUAUUGGAGGUAUUUCUUAUGCUACAGAUGACACUAGUCUAAGAGAAGCUUUUAGCAAAUACGGCGAGGUUAUUGAAGCAAGAGUCAUUCUGGAUCGUGAAACUGGUAGAUCUAGAGGAUUUGGUUUUGUAACUUACACAUCCAGUGAGGAGGCCUCUAGCGCCAUCCAGGCCUUGGAUGGACAGGAUCUUCAUGGUCGUCGUGUAAAGGUGAAUUAUGCAAAUGAUAGAGCUCGCGGUAGCUUUGGAGGUGGGGGCUAUGGUGCUGGAGGUGGGGGCUAUGGUGCUGGAGGUGGAGGCUAUGGUGCUGGAGGGGGCAGUUAUGGUGCUGGAGGAGGCGGCUAUGGCACUGGCAGUCGAGGCUAUAACAAUAAUUAUGGAGGUAGUUAUGGUGGUCCUGGUGAGAAUUAUGGAGCUGGUAACACUGACAGUGGCCGCUAUGCAGGUCGAAAUGUUGGCUAUUCUGGUGGAAGCACUUUUGAUGGUAGUAGCACUGGGGCGUAUGGCAGUGAUACUUGGAAUUAUGGUGGUAGUGAUGGUAAUGUUGGUGGUGGCAAUGAUAAACUUGAUAGCAGCAAUAUUGGAGGUGGUUAUGAUGGAAAUGCCACUUCAGGAUUCAGUGGUGGCAAUGAUCAAUUUGGUGGCCAUGAAAGCAGCGGCUUGGAUAAUGCAGCUGGAAAAUAUGAUCAAGAUGAAGCAUUGGACGGAAAUUUCAGGGACGAUGAUGAUAAUGCUGGUGACUUUGCCAAAAGGGCGUGACAACCGCCUAAUCUUUGGAAGCAGUUGAGCUUGCUUCCACUUCAUAUCUAAAAUAGACGUCAUUUUUUUCAAGUUUUCCCUCCAUACCUGCUGUGUUUCUAGACAGUUUGCAUCAUUUAUCAAUUUGUCCGUUAAGUAAAACUUUGAAGUUUGUUUUUUGCAAGUAAGUCUUUCACUAGAAAUAAUUGUAGUUGCGAUUAAUGUUUUUCCUGUUUUCUCCCUGAUCCAUCAUUUGUCAGCAGAUAACUCAUCACUUGUAAUUGGAUACUAUUACAAUUAUUUGUGACGAGCAUUUCUAUCGCCGGUAAUCUAUAUACUCUUUUAUCAA